AUGGAGCGGAGCGGCAGCAGCGGGAACGGCACCGGGAGCGGAACCGGGAACGGCUCCAGGAGUACCGGGAGCGGCACCGGGAAUGGCCCCGGGAGCGGGCGGGCAGCGCCGCCUGGCGGUGCCGGGAGGGCAUUGCUGCUGUGCCUGGCGCUGCUGCUGCCCCCGGCCCUGGCACGGCCCAGCCCUGUCCUGGCACGGCCCAGCCCUGUCCGGACACUGCCCAGCCCUGUCCUGGCACGGCCCAGCCCUGUCCUGGCACUGCCCAGCCAGCCCUGCCACUGCCUGAGCCGCUCCCGGGAACUGCUGGAAGCCGCCAACGCCUCCGUGCAGCUGCUGAAGGAAUUGGACACGCUGGGAUUUGAGUGCACCCUUGAGGAGGUGGAUGUGGAGGACAUCACUGAGAACCAAAUGAACACCAUCAGAGCCUGCACAGCUCAGGAGCCAGGGCCUGGAAAUUGCCCAACCUUGGAAAGAUCGACUUUUGAUAAGGGAAAAUGUCUGCAGGGCAUCUCUGAGGAUGUGAGAGCCUACAGGGCACAGCUGGGGAACCUCGAGGACUCCCAGCUGCUGGGGGCUCUCGAUAGGAUGCUGGAGGCCCUGGGCAGCUGCGCUGGGAAGGUUCCGGAAGCGCCGUUGGGAUCGGGAUCAUCGUCGGGACUGGGGUCGGCGCCGUUCCCGGAGCGGCUGCGGCUCUGCGCGGUGCUCCAGGCUCUGCGCAUCCGCAGCGUCACCAUCAGCAGGAUGCUGAACUUCCUCAGCUCCCUCUGA